UCAAUAAACAUUGAGUUAUCCACUCCUUUGUUCUUUUCCUCUCCCUUGACCCUGCCCCGGUUGCUUUUCCUUUAUUCACUUUCGCUCUGGUGCUUUUAAGCCCAAUGCGGCCGCCGUAGGCGAGGAGAGCAAGAUGGCUGCAUCUGCUUUUGCCGGUGCCGUGAGAGCAGCUUCAGGAAUCUUACGGCCCCUGAAUAUUUUGGCAUCAUCAGCCUAUCGGAACUGCACCAAGAAUGCCUCUUUUAUUUCUGGACUGUCCACUGGACAUUUUAGUCAUAUUCAGACACCAGUUGUUUCCUCUGUGCCCAGACUUUUGACGUCGGCCAGCAACCUGACAUGUGGGCAUACUGCAACAAUCCUUAAUAGAGUGGCCCCCUUGUUUCCAAGUGUCCUGAAGCUGCCAGUCAGAACUGUAACAUACUUCAGUACACUAAAAGGCAAGAGAAAGACUGUGAAAGCUGUCGUCUAUAGGUUUCUUCGACUUCACUCUGGCCUUUGGAUAAGGAGAAAGGCUGGUUAUAAGAAAAAAUUAUGGAAGAAGACACCUGCAAGAAAAAAACGCUUGAGGGAAUUUGUGUUCUGUAAUAAAACCCAGAGUAAACUCUUAGAUAAAAUGACGACGUCUUUCUGGAAGAGGCGGAACUGGUACUCCACCAUUUGUAGAAGAAGACAUGCUCAGAGUAAAGUAAAAUGUCGGACCAAAGGUCUAUUUGCAGAAUUAGAACUGCCUACCAAUGAACUAUUUGCACAGCUACCCAGUUUCCACUGAUGAUCUUUUAAAAUGUAAACCAGUGAUACUUCCAGGUU